UCAUCAUGGCCAUUUUUGGUGGAAUCAACCGUAUCGAUGUAGUGUUGGGCGAUCUUUCUCCAGAACAAAGUUAUCCGUCAAUCCUGGAUCAUUUGAUUCGCGGCAAUGAUUCUAGAGCGAUUCUUCAAGGAAAAUCGAUCCGCUUCUACCACGACGUAAUUCCCGGCCGUAAAGACGCAGGCUGCAACAGUGCGCGGCCUGUAUUGUCCGCCAGUAAAAUAAAUACGGCGGAUACUUACGAUGAUGAUUGGGAGCAAGAAUUCGCCGACAUGUCGAGGUUCAUAAAGUGGGAUCGAAGUUAUGAGUCGUUUGCGAAAAUUUUCGAUCAGAAUCAACGUCACGGUUACUUGGUGUUCUCUAGUUGGUUCAAUUUCCAAUUAUCAAUGGCGUGUCUCCUGGAUCCGUAUGCUACGUACUUGAUUUUUCUGAGUGAUGGGAAUCGCUUCGACUUGGUUGAGCUAGCAACGUUAACACAACGUGUUUGGAUUAAUCAAGGCAUCUUUAGGAUAUUCUUCGUGUUUGAAGAAAGGAUCUAUACAUUCGAUCCUUUUCGCGUCGUUGUACCAAGAGAAUUUGGUGUAAUGAUAGAGUUAAGUGGUUUCGAUGACAUUCCAAGCGUUCCAAAAGGUGACUUCAAUGGCUAUCCUCUAAAAGUUGACAGAUUUCGAACGACUUUCUCGCACACGCUACUGAACAACGAAGGCAAAGUCGUUGAGUUUAUUGGAGCCGAUCCUGAAGCAAGUCGAGUUUUUACCCAAGCAUUGAAUAUGACAUCCAAGUUCACAACCCUGGCCAAUGAUGAUUUCGGGUUCAAACUGCCGAACGGAAGCUUCAACGGAGUUCUCGGUCGACUGUCCCGACGAGAGAGCGACAUUGUUUUCGUUGGAUACUUCAUCAAGGACUAUUUCAGCUACGACACGGAGUUCACGGCAGGGAUCUACACCGAUGAACUCUGCUGCCUGGUGAAGAAAGCCAGCCGUAUACCGGACUAUCUGCUGCCGAUUACAAUCUUUCCGGCGGACGUUUGGGGAUUUCUGUUCCUGACGGGAAUUGUUUGUUCUGUAACGUGGAUCAUAAUUCGGGCGGGCAUUCGUUUCAAAGCAGAAAAUUACGUGAAUUCGAAGCAACGUCUACAGCUAGGGGAUCUGUUCAAUUUAUCCAGCUCCAUUCGCAAUGCUUCUUUGUAUCGUAAGUUGAUUCAGAUUGUUGUUGACACCUACAUCUUACUUGUGAGCGGUCCGUACCGGAGGUUUACUCGAUCCGGCAUUGAACGAUUGAUGCUUUUCGGCAUUAUGAUGGUCAGUUUGAUCUUCGUGUCCACGUUCCAAUCAAGUUUGUCAUCGGUGUUUCUGCAUCCAAUGUAUUACAAGGACAUCGACAGUCUCCAGAUGCUGGAUGAGUCCGGCAUUAAAAUGCCUGUCAGGUAUAAGGGCUUCCUGGAUGAUGUGUUUCCGGCCAAUUAUAGCUCAAUGAUGACUUCCCUGCGCAACAAAAUGGUUUACGACCCGGAACAAGAUGAUUUUAUACUGGACCGUGUUGCCCGUUCAUCAAAGAUUUCCUUUGUCACUCGCAAAUCCUUGGUUCCGUUGGACGACGCCAUCUACAUAGCAAAAAAGCAAAUAAUCGUAGUUCCCGAGUGUCCGCGAUUGUACAAUCUGGCUUUUGUGGUUCCACGCCACUCGGUGCUCUUGGAAAGAAUCAACGUGGUUAUUUUGCGAAUGUUGAACGGUGGCUUGAUCAACCACUGGGUUGAUGUGAUGAACUUUAAUGCAACUAUGCGGAAUCUAGCACUGUUCAGAAAUGUUAAUAAUGAAAAGUUCAAGAUUUUAACCUUGAAAGACUUGCAAUUUCCGUUCUAUGUAUGGGUCAUUGGACUAAUUUUGAGCAGUAUAGUUUUUAUCUGCGAAAAAGUGUACUACAGACUGAAAAGGAGGCUUGGGCGUCUUGAAAGGAGGCUUCCGGGC